ACCCGUCGAGUCCAGAUCCAAAAGACCACACUGCACACUCCACGGAGUAUUUCCAAAUCUUCUUCUCUAUUUUUUAUUUGAUUGAUUCUUUUUUCAUCCAUAAGCAACUUAUUUAUUCUUUUCAAUUUAUUAAAAACACUUUCACCCUAAUUCCUAAUCGAAUAUAUUCUCUUUUCAUUCCAUUAAUUUAUAUUUUUCUCUUUUCUUCACUGAUUUUUAAUUCAAUUUAAACCCAUUUCCUUCAACCAGUUCAAUUAUACAUUGCAGAUUGAGCAAUUUUGGAGGCUUUAAUUUUGCUUAUUCUCAGAGUCUGAAGGUCUACAAAGCGAAAUUUCAAAUUGGUAAAGAUGGAAUUGACUUUAACGCUUCCUGAUGAUUGGCACCUUCAUCUCCGUGAUGGAGACCUUCUCGCUGCAGUUGCUCCUUACAGUGCAAGGCAUUUUGGAAGGGCCAUUGUCAUGCCAAAUCUUAGACCUCCUAUUACUACUACAGCUGCUGCUAUUGCUUACCGAGAAUCUAUCAUGAAAGCAUUGCCUGCUAAUAGCGACUUCAAUCCUCUCAUGACACUUUAUUUGACGGAUAAUACUAGCCCUAAUGAGAUCAAGCUUGCCAAGAAAAGUGAGGUGGUUUAUGCUGUCAAAUUGUACCCUGCUGGUGCAACAACUAACUCACAGGAUGGUGUUACUGAUCUUUUUGGAAAGUGUUUUCCAGUGCUUCAAGAGAUGGCUGAGCAAAAUAUGCCACUUUUGGUUCACGGGGAGGUGACUGACCCUGAUGUAGAUAUUUUUGAUCGGGAAGAAAUUUUUAUCGAGAAAGUUUUAAGACCGUUAAUUCAAAAACUACCACGACUUAAGGUUGUUAUGGAGCAUAUCACUACAGCUGAUGCUGUCAAAUUUAUUGAGUCAUGCAAUGAUGGAACUAUAGCAGCAACUGUAACACCGCAGCACCUUGUGUUGAAUAGAAACUCUCUCUUUCAAGGAGGGCUUCAACCUCAUAACUAUUGUCUUCCGGUGCUCAAAAGAGAAAUUCACCGGCAGACAAUCCUUUCAGCAGUAACCAGUGGGAGUAAGAAAUAUUUUCUUGGCACUGAUAGUGCUCCUCAUGAACGGAAAACAAAAGAAUGUUCUUGUGGUUGUGCUGGAAUCUUCAAUUCUCCUGUUGCUCUAUCAUUGUAUGCCAAAGUAUUUGAAGAGGCUGGUGCCCUUGACAAGUUAGAGGCAUUUACAAGCUUUAAUGGCCCUGAUUUCUAUGGCCUUCCAAGGAAUACGUCGAGAAUUAAGCUUACAAAACAGCCAUGGAAAGUCCCGGAAAGUAUAUCUUUCCCAGCCGGAGAAAUCGUUCCUAUGCUUGCAGGACAAAUGCUCGACUGGAAUCCGUCUUUUUGAUAGAGUCCUUAUUCACUACCUCAAGAUCAACUACUUCAUGCUGAACAAAGGAUGUGCGUUAUUUAUGUGUAACGAUGCUAAUCAUUAAGAGCGUCAUUGGGCGGGCCUAAUUUAUUUGCCGCUUUUUGGUGUAUGUUGUUGAAAGGAAAAUAUUUCAGUAUGAUAUUUUCAGCGUGUAUUUUGGAUUUUAUGGAGUUUUUGAUAAAAUAGCAGAUAAAGAGCACGAUUAGUUGGGUUAAAGAGACUAAUUUGUAAUCCGUAUUCACACGUUUUCCAUGUUAAUGUUGUGAUUCAAUCAAUAAAAAACAUGUAACACAUGCUAUUUUACCGACUAAA